AUGGCGAUACUCAUCAAAGGCGGAAGGAUGGCGAUGUCGUUCCAGCAGCUCUGCUUUUCGCACUCUGUUGCUAAUUUCAUAGCUCUUGCUUUUUUCGUAUUCUUCUGUGCUCCGAUGAUCAUUCUACAGUCUGAUUUCUCAAGUACAACGCUUACUGGAAAACUGCUCGGAGGAUUCAUGGUGUCUGUCUGGGAUCUUGGUGUGUUAGGCCUACUUAGUAACGGCGUUGCAAUGGCGAUACUCAUCAAAGGCGGAAGGAUGGCGAUGUCGUUCCAGCAGCUCUGCUUUUCGCACUCUGUUGCUAAUUUCAUAGCUCUUGCUUUUUUCGUAUUCUUCUGUGCUCCGAUGAUCAUUCUACAGUCUGAUUUCUCAAGUACAACGCUUACUGGAAAACUGCUCGGAGGAUUCAUGGUGUCUGUCUGGGAUACUGGUCGUCAUUUCCUGGCCAUUCAAGAGCCGAAGCUUCCUGAGCCAAAGGAAUACCGCCGUCAUGAUUGCAUUGGUCUGGUUUCUUGGCGUGCUGCAUUUCAUGCCAUACCUGAAAGGUACACCAUAACCGGUAUUCCGACAAUUUACUAA